GUGUCCCCAAUAAUGCAAUAACCAAAGAUUGGGAUCUGCUUAAGGUUAUCUAUAUAAUUACAUACAGGAACCUAAUAAGAGGCUACAAAGACUAUUAAUCCGGUGCGGCGGAGAAAUUGCUGAGAGAUAUUCUGGUCGUGGAUGUUUCUUGAAUUGGCGUGACCAAAGUUUGCUCCUCUGGGUGGCCAUGCGUCCUACAAUCGGAUUUUUGGCUUACCUUCUCGUCGCCUCCUCCGCGGCGGUUCUAUCCGCUUUCUACCUCCAUAACCACCACGCCUCUGGCGGCGGUUACGAAUCACCCACGGCGCCUCUUUCCUCCUACAUUAAACUUGCCUCGGAAUCCCCUCUUCGAUCCGAAGCCACAGUUUGGCCGGAGUUAAGGUUUUGCUGGAGGACGGUGUUGGCCACCGUGAUAGGGUUCUUGGGGUCGGCGUGCGGCACCGUGGGCGGCGUUGGAGGCGGCGGCAUCUUUGUCCCAAUGCUCACUUUGAUUGUUGGAUUCGAUACGAAGUCCGCAGCCGCACUUUCCAAAUGUAUGAUAAUGGGAGCAUCUGCAUCAUCGGUAUGGUACAACCUGCGAGUGCCACAUCCGUGCAGGGCAGUGCCAAUAAUAGACUAUGAUUUGGCUUUUCUGUUCCAACCAAUGCUAAUGUUGGGCAUCACUAUUGGUGUCGCUCUAAGUGUCGUCUUCCCCUAUUGGCUCAUUACCGUCCUCACCAUCAUUCUCUUCAUAGGCACAUCUUCAAGGUCAGCUUUUAAAGGGAUAGAAAUGUGGAAGGAAGAAACUAAGUUGAAGAACUCGGAAGCUGAACGUCAAACAAUCGUCAAUUCACACGGGGAACUUGAAAUUAAUACCGGAUAUGAGCCACUGGUCCCUCAGGAAGAGAGAACAGGAUUGCAAUUAAUGAUGUACAACAUGAAUGUGAAGAAAAUGCUUGUUCUAUUUCUUGUGUGGAUUUCCUUUCUGCUCCUCCAAGUGAUCAAGAACGGUGUCGUUGCGUGCAGUCAGUUGUAUUGGGUAUUGAACUUAUUGCAGUUUCCGGUUGCAUUGGGAUUAUUUGGAUGCGAAUGUGUGAAACUUUAUACAGAAAGCAAGAGCCGGAAACUCUCAGGGAACCAAGAAAUGAUAUGCGAGGCUGCCAUUGACUGGACAGCGAUGAACCUUGCUUUGUGUGCCCUUUGCGGCGUCGUAGGCGGAACUGUCGGCGGCUUAUUGGGUUCGGGCGGAGGUUUCGUUCUAGGUCCUCUACUGCUCGAGAUUGGCGUAAUGCCCCAGGUUGCAAGCGCGACAGCAACCUUUGUGAUGAUGUUCUCUUCGUCCCUAUCCGUUGUUGAGUUUUAUCUCCUAAAAAGAUUCCCUAUCCCCUUUGCUCUAUACCUCACAAGUGUGUCGGUUUUGGCGGGAUUCUGGGGCCAAUUUUUGGUAAGAAAAAUCGUGACAAUCCUAAAGAGGGCCUCAAUCAUCGUUUUCAUCCUGUCCGGCGUUAUCUUUGCCAGUGCUCUUACAAUGGGGGUCAUCGGUGUUGAGAAAAGCAUGAGUAUGAUACAGAAUCACGAGUUCAUGGGAUUCUUAGAUUUCUGUAGCAGCCAAUGAAAUCAAAGAAUGGGAGGACAUUAUUAUUAGGAGUACUUAAUUAAUAAACGGAGCAAAAAGUCUCGACAUUGGUCAAUGAGUUGUUGACCACUUCCAAAUUAAAUGCACGUAGAGGCUAUAUAUAGAUUUAUAUCCACUUGAGACCUAGGGUUAGCUAGCGCUAACACAGUGCCAUGCAAGUAGAGCAUUUCCCUGUCUAAGUUUCUUUGAUCCUCUUUUUGGUUUUUAAUCUUAAAAAAAGGAUGACAUCUCAUCUCUGAAGUUCCCGAACUUGUUGUGUUUGUUAUGUUGUUAGUGGAUGUACACUGGAGCAAUGGUGGGUUGAUCAUUAGGGCGAUGUAAAUUUUCCUAAAUUCUUUAGUAUCAUUUUUCUUAUUUUGCCCAUCGUAAUUUUAUUACUCCGUAUCAUUCUACUGCUACGUAUAGUACUCAGGUAAUUUUUCAUGCCAUCCUAAUUUGAAUUAGUCCUCUAAUUUUUUCAAUUUGUAACUGACGUUAUGUAAUUUGGAUGCAAGAAAUGUUUUUAAGUAACUUUUAAUAUUUAAUUAUUGAAAUGUCAUUUAAGAAUGCAAAUAGAAGACUUUUCUGCAAAAAAUGGGAAACAUUACUUGUGAUAACAAAAUAUUUAGGAGUAAUUGAAAACUCAUUCCUUUUAACAUCAUUCGAGAAUGUAGGACUAUGUGGAUGUAGUCUAAAUAGUUUUUAGUAAUUAUUAGUGACUAUUUAUGAUUUGAUCUUCGCAUCGAUAAAAGUUUAACGCAAAGUACAUUUUUGUAGGGGUCAUCGGUGUUGAGAAAAGCAUGAGUAUGAUACAGAAUCACGAGUUCAUGGGAUUCUUAGAUUUCUGUAGCAGCCAAUGAAAUCAAAGAAUGGGAGGACAUUAUUAUUAGGAGUACUUAAUUAAUAAACGGAGCAAAAAGUCUCGACAUUGGUCAAUGAGUUGUUGACCACUUCCAAAUUAAAUGCACGUAGAGGCUAUAUAUAGAUUUAUAUCCACUUGAGGCCUAGGGUUAGCUAGCGCUAACACAGUGCCAUGCAAGUAGAGCAUUUCCCUGUCUAAGUUUCUUUGAUCCUCUUUUUGGUUUUUAAUCUUAAAAAAAAGGAUGACAUCUCAUCUCUGAAGUUCCCGGACUUGUUGUGUUUGUUAUGUUGUUAUGUUACAUCUCAUCAUUAGGGCGAUGUAAAUUUUCCUAAAUUUUUUUAGUAUCAUUUUUCUUAUUUUGCCC